UGCUGUUGGUUGUUGUGAAUUGUGAUUGUGAAAGAUCGAAUGAUCCAAAAAUAAUUUAUAUGUGCAGUUCCAAAAUAUGUUUGUGAAUUCAAAAAUAAACACAAUAAAUUAUUUAUAUACUGUGUUCUGUGCUUAAAAGUGUAUAUAUCGCAUUUAGAAAUUGAAAUAUAUGUUAACAUUUUGUAUAUUAAGAAACUCGAUAAUAGUACAAUAUUUCGUUUCAAGUUAACUGAGCACCAAAAGAAAUUUAUUUGUAUUAAGAAAUAGUGUAACAGUAUUUUCACAUAUACAAAACACUACUGUACAUAAUAUUUAUAAAAAAAUGGCACAGUGGAUAGGAUACAUGGUGUCGAUUAAAUGCACAGAUGAUCUUGGAACAUUUCAAGGCGAAAUUUUAUCAGCAACUAAUACAGAAAUUACUUUAAUGAAAGCAUUUUGCAAUGGAUUUCCUUGCCUGGAAAAUGAAGUAAAAAUAAGGGCUGAAUCUAUUGCCGACUUAAAGCUGAUAGAGAAACAGUCAGAUAAUGUAGAACAACAUAGUACCGUAACAAUAGCAAAACCAAUUGCAAAAAGAGCAGGAAGAAGCCAGAGCAUGUCUGAAACAGGGAAUACGAGUAAUAUUAAAUUUAAUAGUUCAAAUGUGUCUCAUGUUAAAUCAAAACCUAUUGAUAUUGAAGUAAAAAGCAGUUCAAAUGAUGGAUGCUCUAAUUCAUAUAAAAAUAAUACUCCAAACAGAAGGGAAAAGAACAAAGGAAAAUGGGUGAAGGGUUGGAAAGAUGAGGAAUGUUUCGGAUCUCCUCUAGAUCAUAAAAUUAGUAAAGACUUUGACUUUGAAAAAAAUUUGGCCUUAUUCAAUAAACAAGCUCUUUGGGAUGAACUUAAUGCACAAAAGCCAGAUGUCAUAAAACAGGCUGAUAAAAAACCUACUAAAUACAGACAUGACGAAAAUGUUAUUGCUACCCUCCCUACAAGUUAUAGACAAAUUACUGUUCCCAAACAAGAUUUCUGUGAGUAUGUGACGGACGAUGGGUUGAUCAUUCCCAGUAUAUCGAGAUCUUUACGAAAAAAACUGUGGGAAGCUGCUGAAAGGGUAGGACUUACUUGGGAGAGACGAAUAGAACUCAUAGGAAGAGCAACUACUGAAAUUUCUAUUCAGUUGUUGGGAGGGGGCCAUAGGUUGAACCCACAUAAUACGCACCAAUGGCCUACCGUUGUCAUAUUAUGUGGACCGCAUAAGCAAGGAGCAGCAGGUAUAAAUGCUGCCAGACACCUGGCUAGUCAUGGUGUCCGAACUAUCGUCUUUACGGUUUCUAUGGAUGCACCAGUAAUCAAAAAGGAACUUUCCCUAUAUAUGUUGACUAAGAAUAGAGUUCUCAAUAAUGUAACCGAUCUUCCAAACGUAGGAGACUUAAUAAUAGCUGCACUUUGUGAGGACACGGAAAAUCCUAAACAUUACCCUUUAUUGUCCGACUGGAUAAACAAGAACAAGGCUCCAGUGUUAGCAGUUGAUCCCCCAACGGUAGGAAUACCAGGUAUUACACCUAAAUUUUCGUUGUUACCAGCAUUACCUUUGCCUCAUUCAUCUGAUAAUGGGAAGUUGUAUUUGUGCAAUUUAGGCUUUCCUGUUGAUGUUUUCAACGAGGUGGGUAUCAAAUAUAAGUCACCUUUUGGGCCAAAAUUUGUUAUACCAUUACAUCCAAAAGAUGACUGAUAACAUUGGCUGGAACACAAAAAAUUUA